UCCUUUGAUUUGAUGGUUGGUUGGUAAAAAGGGAGGUGGUUGGUCGACGCUAGACCGGUAAAUUUAAGUUGCGAGAAAAUGUUGAUUUUUAAGUCCUCUCAGCCGGUGGGAAAAUUCGGUGGAAUCCAGGACUGGUGAUUAAUUGGAGGAGAAACAACCCAAAGACGGCUUUCUUGCUAAGAGGUUGCAACUGUCUUCUAAUACGGAGGAAGAGUAUCCAGAGUUGGUACUGUUUUCGUAAUAUCUACUGAGCUUGACUUUGCUUAGCCUUAUUGUUUUCUUCUCGGACGGCUGGUUGGUGGAAGAUACCGCAGGCCGUCAUGUCUACGAAUUUUUCCCCCGUGGAAACAGGUGUCCCUCGCUGGCGUUAUCAGUUCCGAUCCAGCUGCAAACUGUUGCUUAAUUUGUUCCGGGAUACCGAGAACUCCCUACCUUUCACUCCCGAACCACCUCUUACUCCAGUGUGCAACUUGAUUCAAGGUUUCAGAAACGGCAGCACUUUAGCAGGGGAUACACCAAGACGCCGUCUAGAUCUGUCCAAUCUCAGUAAUGGAGAAGAAGAAACUGCCUUCUACUUCAGCCCAUCUCCAGGAACAUUGGAAGCUGCCCAAAAGAACUUGGCAGAACCACAGGAUAAUCUCAGAGACUCAAGGAGACAAUGUGCACAAUUGCUCCAGGCUGAGGUACAAUGCAGUACGCCAGGCAUCCUGGGUUGCAGCCACCAAGUUGAUUGCGGGGUUAACAGCCCUUCUAUGAACAAGGAGAACGAGAGCAACUUUUUAAAGUACCCUGGAUGGCAAAUGCCCAGGUCCUUGCUGUUCCAGAAGAAACCACCAGCCACACACUUGAUUUGCUGUGCUGCAGCGCCUGAAAGGGGCAGUUUAGAGGAGUAUGAGAUGAAGGAUCUUGGCAGUCCAGUUGCUGCAUUGGCAACACAAAGAAUUCGAGAGGCAUUGGAUGGCUUUCCAGAGCUCUGCCCUGAAGAGCUGGAAGAGAUUGAGAAGCCACUUGCUGGCCAUCCCUCCAGCAUGGCUGUCCUGCUGUCUGGACCUCUUCUUUCCCAGGACAUCAAUGUCAAUGAGGACUCCGUGAACAAGAAUCGUCUCUUCCGAUCUCCAUCACUGCCAGAGAAACUGAGCAGGCCUACACUCAAGCUGACAGUCAAGAACCAUGGCGAUGAAACUCCCAUGAAAGCUAAGCAAAAACACAGCCCAGUCCAAGAACAAUCAGAUGGGGUUGGGAUUUUGAAAAAAACAGCCUCCUUUUCUGACAUAGAGAUUGUCAGAGCACUUGAUCAAGACUUCGGCCACAGACAUCUAAUUGGAGAUUUCUCAAAUGUGUUUGCACUGCCAACAGUAAUGGGAAGACAUCAGGACCUGAGAUACAUCACGUCUCAGACUAUGGCUGCUUUGCUCCAGAAUCAGUUCCAGAGCCUUAUAGAGAAAUUCUGCAUCAUUGACUGCCGCUACCCCUAUGAGUAUCAUGGAGGGCACAUCAAGGGAGCUUUGAAUAUCCACAGGCAAGAUGAUCUCUUUGAGCGUUUUCUAAGGAAGCCUUUUCUUCCAUCAGCACCACAGAAGCAUCUUAUACUUGUGUUCCAUUGUGAAUUCUCCUCUGAGAGAGGCCCCAAGAUGUGUCGUUAUUUGAGAGAAGAAGACCGAGCCAUGAAUGAGUAUCCGACCCUGCACUACCCUGAACUGUAUGUCCUUCAGGGUGGUUACAAAGACUUUUUUCAAGAGUACAAGGAGCUGUGUGAGCCUCAGAGCUACUGCCCCAUGCACCAUCAGGACUUCAAGGAAGAGAUGCUCAGGUUCCGGGUCAGAAGCAAGACGUGGGCAGGAGAACGGAAGAGAAGGGAUCAAAUUGCUCAUAUCAUGAAGCUGUGAGGAAUUAUAGGCACUAAACAAGAGGGAUUCCCCUGUAAAUGGAAAGCCUUAGUUCACUGUAACUUAUGAUUCUUCACAGAGGACCAAGUGAAUCUGGCCAUUGUGACAAUGUGGAGAGCUCAGAAAUGGGGUACAUUAAUUCCACAAGCUUCGUCUGGGUAACACUGUGCCUGAAUGCAAAGUAUCAUAGCAAAAGAGAUCCAAUAGAACUGGUAAUGCUGGGGGGGGGGGAGCGCGGGGGGGAGUGUUUGGUUCCCAGGGAUGACCGACAUUCAGACUGUUUCCUGAGAUGCUGACAAAAGUAGCUGGCUACAAUGUUGUGUAGCCCAGGUUCAAAGCCCAGCUGCUGAAGGGGCAAUUUAUUUAAUGUUGUGUUAAGUAAAAAAACCCGAGUGCCAUGUAUUUAAUGAAAUAAUAAACUGUUCCAGAAGA